UUAAAUUAAAUUAAAUGCAGUCCCACCAAACACCAUAUAUAUCCAUGUCCAAAUCCCAAUAAGAUUUACAGAAAUAGAAGCACCCAAAUUCAUCAUUAAAAGCUUUCUGUAACUUACACCGGCCGGCAGAGGAGGAUAAUUAUGAGGAUGAACAAAUCGGAGCCAUGUCCCUCCUUCUUCAAAGUCCUCUUGGAUUUCACUCGCCGAUUGCGGCUGCCGCCGGCUUUGGUGCAACAGUACGGAUGGGCUCUGCCUGCCAGCGUGGAACUACAAAUCGACGGUGGAAGAAGAAGCUGGGAAGUGAAGGUGGAGCAGAUCAUGGACGAAGACGCGCAGCCCUACUGCUUCACGCGCGGCUGGAAACGGUUCGCCGAGGAUGUCGCCUUGGAGAUUGGGGAGUUUCUUGUCUUCCGACAGGCCAGCCGCGCCGUCUUUGACGUCCACAUUUUUCAAAUCUCCGGCUGCGAGAGAAGACUCCCCGUCGUUUCUCAGUCCGACACCGAAUCUGCCACCAUCCUAGUCGUCGAUCAUAAAGGAUCGCGGCCUGGAAGAACUAAGAAACCUGGUCGUCCCCGUAAAGCGUCAAGUAAUCCUCUCUACUUUGAAGCCGAUCUCAAGGAAUAUCAGACAUCCAGAGUUACACUUAGAGCCAACUUCGUCAGUGCUGCUCAUCUCCACAACCAAACCACCGUCCGGCUGCAGUAUCACCACCGGAAAGAAUUUCAGGUCAUCGCGAAGCUCGAUCACCGCGCAAAAUGGAGGACAGACCUCGCCAAAGGAUGGUCAAAAUUCCGGAUCUCCAAUCACCUUGUCUUCGGUAAGAAAUACUCCUUCCAGUACAAGCCUCGUAAGAAUCUCAUCCUCAUUAAGGAAGUUGCAAAGCCGGCGCCGGCGCCGGAACCGGAACCGGAACCGGCACCGGCACCGUCGUAGCUAUUCUUAACUAUUAUUACUAAUUUCUUAUCAAGGUUGCUGUUGCUUUGGAAACUUUUGACACUUUUAAUCAACAGUAAUUUAAAAAAAAUGAAAAAUAGAUACAAGCAAUAUUACAAAUGUAGCAUAUUUUAAAAGAAACGAAA